UGUGAACUUGAAAUUGAAUUUGAAAUUGAAAUUGAAUUAGAAAACGAAAAGUGGAAAAAUGAUGACAUUUGGGAACGAAUGUUAAAGAUAGAAGAAAUGCAAAAAUUGCUGUUAAAUCCUAUUAAGGAAGAAGCCGCGUUGGGACGACCAAGGAAAUAAAUUAGAGAUUUUAGUGUAUUUUCAUUUUAUCGUUGAUUAAAAAGUAUUGAGAAUUAGAAGAGUGGUAUUGGAAAAUGGAGGGUGUUGGCACUUUUAGCGCCGGUGCAUCUUAACGAUAACCACUGGGCUAUGGCUGUUGCAAGAAUGCAAAAGAGGGAAAUCAUAGUAAUGGAUUCUCUGAAUAAUGGAGCUGCUGGAAGCACGAAAAAAGAUUUCAUGAACACAUUUUUGGACAUUCUUAUGAAGGCUGCCGCUUAGUAUGGAACAGACAUUGGUAUAAAAAAGAAUGGUCAUGAAGAGAAUUGUUAGAUGUCAUGAAACAAUUAAACGGGACAGAUUGUGGCAUUUUUGCCCUUAUGUAUGCGUAUUAUUCUGUUGAAGGAAGAGAUAUGGACCUUAGUCAAUUUGAUUUUUUGUUUUCGAAUGUCCUUUAAAUUGGAAAUAUUUUUUGUAUAUUUUUUUAUUAAAAUGUUAAAGUGUACUUAUUUUAUUCAUAUUUUCUUGUU